AUGUGUGAGUGCUCGGCUCCCUGGGAAGGUUUAUAUAAUACAGUGAUUUGUCCAGCGGAUCUUACUAAUUGUGCCCAUAAAGGUCAUAAGACUCGUACCCAACACCAUGGCACAAAGAUCGAUGAAAAAGGUAAAGCCAAAAUCGAUAUUUUUACAAAUAACGUCCCUGACACCGCUGACAUGCCGCGUUCAAGGUGGCGCCGAAAGGCCCACAUCCCCGGCUUCGAGUUCCGGCAGGAGCGAUGUCACAUCAAUAUCGACGAAAGCACCCAUCCCAGCGACAGAUUUGUCCAUACAGAAAAUGCUAACGAAUUACAAACACCACUACAAGCAGAGCUUGGCAAAUUGGCUAAAGAUAUCGGAUCAGAUAUACAGGCACUAAGGGAGUGCACGGCACAAUUGGAGAACAAAGCAGAAAAAAAUCAUCUCUGCACAUAA